AUGUCUACUGCUUUGGAUAUGUCGCUUGAUGACAUGAUUAAGAACAGCAGGGGUAAUCGUGAGAGAACUAGAGGGGGUAGGGCCCCUCGUGGCCGUGGUGGACCACGUGGGUCCUUUAAUGCUGGAAGGAUGGCAGCUGGAAGAAUUCCAGGUGGAAGAAUGACAGGAGCAGUUCGUAGAGGUCCAAUCCCAGUGAAUACUCGGCCAUCCUCGUAUACCAUUGCCAAGGCAAGCUCAAAAAUCGCUAUCGUCGUCCACUGCAUAUGUACCAUUAUCUUCGAGAUUUAUCUGUACUUGUGGUCUACCCGCCGAACCAAGCGUUUCCCAUGGCAACCUGAUUUGUUUGAAGACAGCAUUAGAGCUGCGGGGAUAUCAGGGAUUGAAAUUGGCACAAAGUUAUAUGUUUCCAACUUGGACUAUGGAGUGACAAAUGAGGAUAUAAGGGAACUUUUCUCUGAGAUCGGAGAGCUGAAACGAUAUGCAGUACAUUUUGACAAAAAUGGCCGUCCAAGUGGUUCUGCUGAAGUGGUUUAUACUAGAAGAAGUGAUGCAUUUGCAGCAUUGAAGCGGUAUAAUAAUGUCCUAUUGGAUGGGAAGCCUAUGAAGAUUGAGAUUGUUGGUGCCAAUGCAGGGAUGCCUAUUUCGGCUCGUGUGAAUGUGACAGGAGCGCAUGGAAGGAAGAAAAGGACUGUUGUAAUGACGCCUGGACCUGGUCGUGGUGGUGGCUAUGCUUUGCCUAUGGUUAAUCGUGGUUCUGGGAACAGUCGUGGAGGGAUCAGAAAUGGUCGUGGCCAACCACGUGGGAGCGGCCGUGGGCGUGGUCGUGGUGGGCCAGGGAGGAAGAAGCCCAUUGAUAAGUCAGUUGAUGAACUUGACAAGGAACUCGAUAGCUACCAUGCAGAUGCCAUGCAAUCUUAG